AUGUCCAAAAUAAGAAUGGGUUGGAAGAUGGCCCCUUCCUCGGUCUUCCUGCUCCUCUUCCUGCUUUUGCCAAAUGGCCUUUCUUCACUUCCAAAUGUCAAACAAAAUCUGCUUUAUGAUGACAGACAGCAGAAGUUUUCCUGUAUGGGGUGUGUGCUUAUAGUUUCUAUGGUCGAGCAGCUUGCUCAGGUCCACAAUUCUACUGCAAAAGAAGCCCUGGAGAGAUUUUGUGGCUACUUACCUGAAAAAUGGACCUUACAAGACAUUUGCUUUCUGAUUUCUGAAGUACUUGGACCAAGCAUAAUUAAAAUGAUUGAGAGGAAAAUGAAUGCUGAUGUAGCAUGCCAUGCCCUUCAGCUAUGUAAACAGGAGGCAGGACAGCCAUUUUGUCAUCUUUAUCCUCUCCCUAAGAUGGGGUUAAAGGUAAUUAUGAAGAAACCAGAAAGAAUGGCCACAGUGAAGAUCCUGGAGCGUAUUCCUCGGUUACUAGGCUUGUGUUCACUUCCUCUUCUGAAGAAUUUGUGCAAGAAAAUUGAAGGAUUUGUCAAGCACAAGUUACCUUAUGAAGACUUUGAUGGAGAUAAAUUCAGUAUUUUCCCAACCCUGAGGGGGUAUUACUGGAGAGGCAGAGAUUGCGACGACUCAGACGCCGCUGUGUAUCCAGGAAGACGACCUGAUCAGUGGGAUGCAAAGGUGGAUUCUAACUGUAAUGGAAUAUGGGGUAUGGAUCCCAAAGAUGGCAUCCCCUAUGAGCAGAAAUUCUGUAAUGGCACAGAGUCCAAAGGAGUCAUUAUUCUGGGAGAUUCAGCUGCAGCCCACUUUCAUAUCCCUCCUGAAUGGGUGACAGCUUCACUGAUGUCAAGGAAAGCAUUUUCCAACCUUCCUGAGGCAUUAACCAACGAGCUUGACUGGCCUCAGUUCUCAGAAGCCACUGGAUUUCUCAACUCCACCAUUGGGGGAUGGACGGAGUCAAUUUAUCUACAGCUGCACAGAAGAAACCGCUGCAAUCACCGAGAUUACCAAAACCUUUCUAAAAAUGGUGGUUCUUCAGAAAAUGUUCUAGAUCUCCUGGAAAGCUUGGCAAGGAAUCAACAGCUUGACAAGCCUGCAAUAGUUUUCUUUGCAAUGGUUGGGAAUGAUGUCUGCAAUGGGCAUCCUGACACAGUGAAACACAUGACACAACCGGAGAAAAUGCGCAGCAGUGUUUUGCAGACUCUGCGUCAUCUAGACAACCGUCUUCCAAAAGGGAGCCAUGUAAUUUUAAUUGGCUUGGUGGAUGGCCGCUUCUUGUGGGAUAACUUGCAUAAGAGAUACCAUCCUCUUGGCCAGCUGAACAAAGACGUCACAUACGAACAAUUUUAUUCAUUUCUCAGUUGCCUUCGGAUCAAUCCAUGCAAUGGCUGGAUGUCUUCAAACAGCACGCUCAGGGACUUGACAGCAGAGAGAGCCUCGCAGCUUUCCAAUGUUCUGAAAGAAAUAGCAAAACUUGAGAAAUUUACUAAUUUUGAUGUUUUCUACAUGGAUUACCCAAUCAAAGAAAUCACGGAAAUGUUGCAGAAGAUGGGAGGAGAGGCCUGGCAGCUAAUAGAACCUGUUGAUGGAUUCCAUCCGAGUCAGAUUGCUUCUGCACUUGGAGCUAGAAUUGUCUGGAACAAGGUACUCCAUAAAUGGCCACGUGUCCUUGGACAAGAAAAUCCAUUUAAUAAUGAGAUUGAUAGAAUCUUCAAAGCUCAAGGAGGGCACUGACCUCAGUACUAUGAAACAGAACUGGGAAUCAGUCCUUCAUGAAGUUUUCGAUCCUCUUGAAGAUAAUCUGUCAGCAAUUACAGAGCUGUGAUUUAUUUUUAAUUAUUGAAUUUCCUCUUUGUCACAUCACUUUGUAGUUCUAUAAACUUAUAGUUUUGACUGGUCAAAAA